AUGAACAGGUCGUCCAAAAUUUUAAAUUCUUUUCUCCAAAAAUUUAAGCUUCCCCUCUUGUUCAUCUCCUCAUAUUUCUUUCUAGCCAAUGCCCAACUUACUUAUAUCCAGCAAUAUUGUUACAAUGAUUUUGGCACAUACAGUGUCUUAAGCAAUUACUCAUCCAACAUCGUAACAUCCAUCAAUGAACUCGCAUCCAAGGCAUCAACCACCUAUUACAACAACUACACUACUGGUAUAGGCGAAGAUCAAGUAAACGCCUUCUAUUCCUGUCGUUACGACAUACCUCUUAGUGUUUGCCAGAGUUGUGUUGCUAGUGCUGCAAACAACGUCUCAUGGUGUAUUUCUAGUGUAGAAAGCCUCAUAGCCUAUGAGGAAUGCACCUUACAUUACUCAAACCGUUCGAUUUUCUCUGUUAUGGAGGAAUUGCCUACGCUAUAUCACUUAAGCAGCUAUAUGGACAAUCUGGUCACCGGCCUCAUUUUCGAUGUAGGCCGUGAAUUUUUUACCUCUUCCCGUUAUUUUGCCACGACGAAAGUCACAUACUCGUCGAGUGAAAAUAUAUAUGCACUAGCGCAAUGCAACCCGGAUAUUACUUCAUUUGAGUGCAAAACAUGCUUGGAAUUUGGUUAUCAAAACUUCACAAGGAACUAUACUGGUAGGGUUUAUGGACAAAUUUUUAUGCCGAGCUGCAGGUUGAGCUAUAUAUUAUCUAGUGAGGAGCCAAGUCCUCCAUGGAGAUUUGCAGAAACUUUUGAUCAAAUUCGUCAUCAAGUUCGUAAACGAAGAUUUUCCCCUCGAGUAGAUUUCACAUCCACAGGAACACGAGGAAGUCCAAUAAUCUAUGCAAUCAUAGUAAGUAUUUGCACCGUGGCACUGUCUUUGAAGCUUCUCUUCUAA